ACAUAACACUGUUCCCUGUCACUCUGUUCCCGCUUAUCUCCCGUCUUGUCGGCGCCACUACCUUCUUGGAAAUGAGUUAGGACAAAAGGGGCGGCGAGGAGCGGGGGGGCUUACCACCCCCGCCUCCUCCAAAAGCACCCAUAAAAGCCACUGAAACGGGGGACCAGACACCACAGCCGGUCCUGAACCUAACAGCAGGACAACCUAACAGCCAGACAGACAGCACGAUGGUACUGAGCCCGCGGAUCCAGGCUGCCGGCCUCCUGUUCCUCCUCCUGGCCAGUCUGGCCAGUGGCUCGGUUCUUCCACACCAGACAAGACAGCUUACAGCCCUUCAAGCCCAGGACACAGCCGGAGCUGAGGCUGGCUUGACGCCCACGCUCCUGAGGCUGAGACGAGACACCCACUUCCCCAUCUGCCUGUUCUGCUGCAACUGCUGUAAGCGAUCAAAGUGUGGCUUUUGCUGCAAGACAUAGAGCCUCCCCGGCCUGCCCCCCCCCCAUCCUCCCCGACCCUCGUAUUUAUCUGCCUUGCCUUCCAACCCUCUGUGACCAGACUUGGAAUAAAAUGGUUCUGUCUGUUGUUUUCCACA